AUGUCCUUCAAAUGCCAGAUUUGUAGUUUGGAGCUUGCCAAAUAUAAGUGCCCGAAAUGUGCUAUUCGGUACUGCUCAUUAGCAUGCUUUAAGAACUCCGACAAGCAUGUCCACGACGAACGCACCAUCGAAGAUAAACCUGCCCCUAAGCCUGUGGAAGAGAAGCCCAAAAAACAGCUGACUACCGAGCAGUUCAAUACGGUUUAUCAAGAGACUCCAGAAAUACAAGAACUACUCGGCUACAAUACCGUGAAAUUUCAUUUAGCCAAAGUGCACCGAAUCUUGAGUACCGGCGGCAGUCCUCUAGGUACUUCAGAUGCACAGAUGUCCACUGAGGCUAAACAACAGCUUGCCGUAGACUACUUGAAUACCUUACGAUAUGGUGGGGUCCAUUAUAACGAGGCCAUUGAGGAGUUUUGUCAAAUAAGUCUAGGGAAAUUAACAGGCGAGAGUGCCGAAAGUUAA